AUGGAGGUGCACCGAGGCGAAGGGAAUCGAGGCCGUUUCCCGGACGAGAGAGUGCGCCGCUUCAGAGAAGGUUCCUGUCUAUGUUGCGGUAGGAUGGGACACUUUGCAGCCAAGUGCACCAGCGGAUCGCCCAGGCAGGCGACAGACAAGAAAACUCUGACCAGCUACCAAGUUCCGGAUCUGAAGAGGACGGAGGGAACACUCACCUGGCGCGGGAUGGCGGCAUUAAUCACAAGGCCCCCGCUGGCGAAUCAGGAGCCCCCCACCCCCCCAGGCGCGCCCCGGCCCGCGCGCGCCUCGCUCUCCCCCCCCGGGGGCUGCUGGGCUCCGCGGGAGUUCCCGGGAAGGGCGUCGGGGCGCAGGAGGGGCGGAAGGCGGAGGCCGGGGGGGGACGAGGCGCCUCCUGCUCGCCAGAUCCCGGUCGGCCGGCCGGGCGGUGUUGGGAGCGGCGGGGAUGCUGCUGAGCCGCUGAGCCCAGACAGGCCCGCCGUCUGGCGAGCGGGCGGAGGCCACGUGCAGGUGAGCGGCCCUUUGGGCUGGUCCGGUGGGGGCGGGGCUCCUUUCUGCCGCUUGGCGCUGCUCGCUGCAAGGCUGCUCCUGGCCGCCGCCGCCGCCCUCCUCCCCUCCCUAGGCACUCUGGAGGAGCUGAACCACAAUGGUUCUGUGGGCAAACUCAUGUUCCUCUACCAGGCUGGCAACAGGACAUCUUUCAACUGGACAGACAGACGGAUUGUUGAGUGGGAGAAGUUUGCCGAACUGGCCAAGUAUGAACCAGAGUCACAGAAGCCCACAGUGAAGGCUGUCCUCAUUGUGGCCUACAUGGUCAUCAUUGUCAUGUCUCUCUUUGGGAACCUGCUGGUCUGCCACGUGGUGGUCAAGAACAAGAGGAUGCACUCGGCCACCAGCCUCUUCAUCGUUAAUUUGGCUGUCUCAGACCUCAUGAUCACCCUGCUCAACACACCCUUCACAUUGGUUCGAUUUGUGAACAGCACAUGGGUCUUUGGAAAAACCAUGUGUCACAUCAGCCGCUUUGUGCAGUAUUGCUCCCUCCAUGUAUGCACACUGACCUUGACAGCUAUAGCCCUGGACCGACAUCAGGUCAUCCUCAACCCACUUAAGCCCAGGCUUUCCCUGACAAAAGGAGCACUGAGCGUUUCUGUCAUCUGGGGGCUGGCGGCCUGCUUCUCGCUGCCCCACGCUAUCUACCAAAAGCUUUUCCAGUAUAAUUACAGGGAAGCGACCGUCCGGCGCUUGUGCCUUCCUGAUUUUCCAGAGCCAGCAGAGCUGGUGUGGAAAUACUUGGAUCUUUCCACCUUUCUCCUCCUCUACCUCUUGCCCUUCCUCAUCAUAACUGUCACUUACACACGGCUGGCCAAGAAGCUGUGGUUGCGCAAUGCCAUUGGGGACAUCACCACACCGCAGUAUGUUGCCCAUCACAAGAGCAAGAAGAAGAGUAUCAAGAUGCUGGUGGUGGUGGUGGUGGUCUUUGCCGUCUGCUGGCUCCCGCUCCAUUGUUACGUGCUGCUCGUUUCCAGCCUGGGGAUCCAAACCAAGAACUCCCUUUAUUUCGCGUUGCACUGCUUUGCCAUGAGCAGCACCUGCUACAAUCCUUUCAUCUACUGCUGGCUGAACGAAGGCUUCCGCUCGGAGCUCAAGGCCUUGCUUGCUGUUUGCUGGAAGGCGCCGCAGACGCAGAACAACCUGUUCCCUGGGGUGGUCAUGCCGUAUCGGGAGGCGUGGAUGGAGCAGGCCAGGUACAAGCCGAGAGCUUCCUUACAGAGCAUUCGAUCCACCACCAAUGUGCAGACAUUCAACACUGAUUUGUGA